AUGAGUGAGAAACCCAUCGCGAAGAUGGACCCCAUUGCGGUGGACCCGGAUUUUUAUGCCAUGAGCUCCAACUAUCACACCGAGCCGCAAGAUUUCGCAUCGGAGACUACCUCUCUUGCGUCCACGAUCGCAAAGGGUCGCCUCGAAAACGGCCGCAGAUAUCAAGCUAUCAAGGACGAUGAUUACUGGUUGGUCCAAUUCGAAGCCUUUGAGAUCGGUCAUAUGGUGUUUCUGGUGUUAGAUCACAAUGAGCCAAACCCACUUUUCCGCGCUCCUAUCGGCGACUCGCCCAAGAACAUUCUAGACAUUGGAACUGGCCAAGGUAGCUGGGCAAUUGAUGUUGCCGACCUUUACCCCACAGCUACCGUUCGUGGCGUGGACAUGUUCCCCCCACCUGUCACAUGGAUGCCCCCGAACUGUGUCUUCGAAGUCGAUGAUAUUCUCCGCGAGUGGACCUGGAGAGAGCCUUUCGAUUUUAUCCAUCUGCGUCUGAUGUACGGUGCAUUCGAUCCUGCUGGUUGGGAGAAGGUGUACCAACAAGCCUACGACGCCCUCGAACCCGGUGGUUGGAUCGAGCAAAUGGAAUUAGACGUGCGCGUUUACAGCGACGACGGCAGCUUGAAACCAAGCCACGAGCUCUACGGAUGGGGCGACAUGUUCAUCGGAUGCUCCGAACGAGCCGGAGACCGAUCACUACGAACCCACGAAAUGAUGCGCAGCGCAAUCGAGAGGGCCGGAUUCGUCGAUGUCCACGAAGUCAAGUACAAGAUUCCCCUCGGACCCUGGGCCAAGGACAAGUUGUUGAAGGAGGCUGGUCACCUUCAGUUUGCUCACUGGAACGCCGCUCUGGAGGGCUGGGCUAUGUGGCUUCUCACUCACCACGGUAUUCCCGAGCCCUGGUCCAAGGAGGAGGUUCAGGUCUUCCUUGCUAAGAUUCGCACUGAGCUGAAGAACCCGCACAUUCACGCUUAUGAGCCUGCGAACCGUGUUUGGGCGAGAAAGCCUACCCUUGAGGAGCAGAAGGCCAAGGAGGCAAAGGAGGCAAAGAUCAAGGCCGAGCCCUCCUCGCCUUAA